UUCACACUAAAGUGAGCGCAAGACCUGCUCCCUGGCCUUGGCUGUAAGGCACCUGCUGGAAAAUGACCCUGCAACCAUUAGAUCCAGUGAACUGUGCAAGUCUUAUACAGCCCGGCUGCUCUCUGUUACAGCUGGAUGGUGAAGUUCUCCUGUUUGGCCAGAAAGGUUGGCCCAAGCGCUCAUGUCCAACUGGGGUGUUUGGGGUUCGGUUAAAAUGUGGUGAGAUGAAGCUGAGGCCCCUUUCUUUCUCCAGUGACUCGUGCUACCUUCCUCCAUUACGUUGUCCAGCUGUUUGCCGCCUCGACCCCUAUGACGGCCUUCCAGAGAGUUACCUCAUUCAUGGUGGCCGCACCCCAAAUAAUGAGAUCUCAUCAAGCCUGUAUAUGCUGACAGUAGAUAGCCGUGGCUGCAAUCGUAAACUGACCCUGUGCUGCAAAGAAAAAGAAUUGGUGGGAGAAGUGCCUAGAGCCAGAUACGGCCACACAAUGAGCAUGGUUCAAAGCCAUGGGAAGACAGCUUGUGUACUGUUUGGGGGUAGAUCCUACAUGCCUGCAGGAGAGAGAACCACAGAGACCUGGAACAGCGUUGUCGACUGUUGUCCUCAGGUGUUUCUGUUUGACUUGGAGUUUGGUUGCUCCUCUGCGCACACUUUGCCUGAGCUGACAGAUGGACAGUCUUUCCAUUUGGCCCUUGCCAGAGAAGACUGUGUCUACUUCAUUGGGGGUCACUCACUCACUUCUGACUGCCGCCCCCCUCGACUCUUUCGCCUGCGCGUUGAGCUUCUGCAGGGCAGCCCCUUGCUUUCCUGUGAGACUCUAGACACUGGCAUAUCCAUCUCUAGUGCCAUAAUCACCCGUACAGGUCCUGCUCACAAAUAUAUUAUCUUAGGUGGUUAUCAGUCAGACUCUAUGAAGAGGAUGGAGUGCACCACUGUGAUUAUGGAUGAGAAUGGGAUCCACUUUGAGCACUUGGAACCACCUCAGUGGAUCCCAGAUAUCAUCCAUAGUCGCACAUGGUUUGGUGGCAGUGCCGGGGAGGGAAGCAUCCUACUUGGUGUACCAACUGAGGGAAGGCCAUCCCAACAAGAUAUGCAUUACUUUUAUCAGGUGAGCUUCCAGACAGAGGGACAAGGCCAAAAGGAUGAAGGAACCCAAGGCUGCAGCCAAGAGUCAACAGAUUAUGAGGACUCCACUCCUCUUGAAGACUCAGAGGAGCUCUACUUUGGUCGUGAGCCACAUGAGCUGGAGGACAGUGAUGAAGAAAGGGAUACUUACAAUGAGGAAGAUGAGGAGGACGAAUCACAAACAGGCUACUGGAUCAAAUGCUGCCUGGGCUGUCAGGUGGACCACAACACAUGGGAGCCAUACUACUCCACUGAGCUCCACCGGCCAGCCAUGAUCUUCUGCUCCAGAGGAGAGGAGGGGCACUGGGUCCAUGCUCAGUGCAUGGAACUAUCUGAGACCUUGCUGGUCAGGCUCUCUCAGGGCAGCAAAAAGUACUUCUGCUUGGACCACGGCGGGCUGCCCUACCAGGAGAUGACACCACCUCGACAGAUCAUGUCACUGAAGCGUACACCCAUGAAAGUUAAAGACAGGAAAACUCCUCCAACAAUCAAGAUGUCUCCUGCCAAAAAAAGCUUUUUCAGAAGGCUUUUUGAAUGACUGCAGCCUUAAUUAUGAUGCAUGUAGAUGGUCGCAAUGGUGCUAUGCAUAUGUCUUGGUGUUU